CCGAUUCGUUUGGCGCAAUCCUUCUUCUGCAAAGCGAAACUCACGCGGCGGCUGCAGCUCGUUUUUUUUUUGUUUUCACUAUCCACACAUUUCACGGCUGCGUUUCUUGCGGUCUGGCUUUCAUUGUUUCGGCCCUCAAACGCUUUUUCACGUUUACCUUUACUCGGCUCCCUUCUACAAAACGCUACUUGGCGAAACGACACGGAAAAAUGGUCAGGACACCGUUGACCAAGCAUUAACUGUCACACAGUUUAGUUUUGUGUUCACACUGAGAGAAAAGCAGUAAAAAGUUAGAGAAGCGAAUCAAAAUUUCGGCAUUUGCAACCGCCGUCAAGAGGGGCUCUGAGGCACCGUGAUAUAACAGGAGUUGCCGCUCGACUUUCUCCGCCUUUCUCUCUCUCUCUUUGCGAGGCGAAGUCGAAGUCGAGGUCCCCAUGUGGCAGUUCCAUUGACCAGGAGGCAAGCAACCGGAGCGCUGAAGUUAACCACUGUGCUUUUGGGCCAAUUCAUUUCACAAUUGAGGAAGUGAGCCGCAACUUUUAAAUGAAGAAACAUGGGGAAUGGCAUGAACAAGGUCUUGCCGGGACUUUAUGUGGGCAACUACCGCGACUCCAAGGAUCAUGCACAGCUGGAGAGGUUCAAGAUCUCGCACAUCAUCGCAAUACAUGACAGUCCGCGGCGCCUGCUGCCCGACAAGCACUACCUGUGCGUGAUGGCCUCGGACACGCCGGACCAGAAUCUCUCCCAGUACUUCUCCGUCUGCAACGACUUCAUCCACGCCGCCCGUCUGCGCGAAGGCAACGUGCUCAUCCACUGCCUGGCGGGGAUGUCCCGUUCGGUGACCGUGGCCGUGGCCUACAUCAUGACGGCCACCCACCUGAACUGGAAGGAGGCCCUCAAGGUGGUUCGUGCCGGUCGCGCCGUGGCCAAUCCCAAUACGGGUUUCCAGAACCAACUGCAGGAGUUCGAGCAGUUUAAGCUGCCCGAGGAGCGUCGCCGGCUAAGGGAACGCUUCCCAUCCUCGGCUCUGGAGCAACUGGAUCGCACAAAGGUGGCCACGGCGCUGGACAACUACCAGGAGCUCCUCCAGAAUCGCGACAUCUGCGAGGGUAACUGCUCCCGCGGCGAGAAAUGUCCUACAGGCGUCUGCAACAUGGACCCCACCAAGGGCUUGUUCCGACGUCGUCCCUCCAACGCCUCCACCCACUCGCGCCUGCGUGCCCAGUCCUCCAAUGCCAACGCCUCGUCCAGUUCUCUCAGUGUGACCAGUGCCGCCGCCCAGUCCUGCCCCACGUCGCCCAAGAGCUCUCCGCUGCCCAUUGCCCGUCGCUCGGUGGGCAACGAGCGCAUCCCCGAGGACGAGAUCGUCCUGGAGCAGCCGCCCACCACGUCUCGGGAGGCAGCCGAAUAUGCCGCAGCCUUCGAGGACGCACGCCGGGAGACAGAGCAGCGCCAGCAGCAGCUGGGCAAGAGUCAGCUCCCCCGGCCGGGCAACUCCUCCAGAGAAACACCCCGGGUAAGCAGCGCCGGCAGUCGGAGGGAGUCCGCCGCCAGGGAGGGGAACGGCUCCGCCCAGCUGCAGCGGAGUGCCAGCACGGUCAGCGGCUUCGGAGUGCGUCCGCGGAGUAGUCCGGCUGGACUGCACGCCUACACGGGCUCGGUUCCUUCCUCCGUCCACGGGUCUCGAGUGGAUUUGCGGGAUGCCGACAAGGGAUCGGCUAUCUACUUAGGCUGCUCGGCGCCCAGGGCCUCCACCCUGUCUAUAUCCUCGUCGAGGGGCUCGUCGGGUGGCUCUGCCCCGCCCUCGCCCUGCCACACGCCCCCCGCCAGUCCACGUCAUGGCGUGAAAAGGUCCACCAGCCUGGUGAAGAAGCCGAGAUGAAGGCCUGAGCCAGUCCUCACACGGCGAGGAGUUUGUUUUUAAAAGGCGAGUUGCAUUGGCAACCAACCACUGCAUCUUAAUCUGUAAUCCUUAAGCAACUGGCACACACUUUGGCAAAAUGCGCGCGUGACCUGCAGACUUGUUUGGAAGAGGACUACGGAUCUCUGGAAUUGGGAUUCAUAGGAUCCUCGAGUAGCUUACUGUUGUUAGACGCUAGAGCUGAGACAUCCUUCGUUUCCGGCUUUGGCUACCAAAAGUUGUUGAUCAAUUUUUAGAAACGGCAUUCGAGGCACUCGCCUUCGAGUGCAGCCUGAAUCAAAAAAAAAUCAAAUGUUGAGAGAUUAUUUUUCAGAGACGCAUUUAAGAAAUACCGACAUAUACAUAUACACACAUAUUUACUGUAUAUUAUAUAGCGUAUUUAUUUAUACGAGCAGAUUUGUUGUCGGUCCACUUGGAAGGACUGAUCCCCACUGAUCCCCAAGGCAAAUGGCCAUUUGUUAGUUUUGUACCGAAAGUUGGCCGGCGAGCGAUUGCGGAGACAGUCGAACAAUAAUAAUUGAGAAUUGUACAAUUGCGUAUUUUUGAUUAUAUCCAUUGUUGUUGCAAAUAUUUUGAUAGCGAAAAAAAAAAAAAAAAAAAAAAAAAAUGGGGACAACCCAAGAGAAUCGUUAUAUACAUUCAUACCUAGUUGAUAUAGUAUUGACAUAUGAGAUUUGAGAUUGUUAUUUAGAAUUGUUGCAUUGUGUAGCAUUGAAUAUAUAAACAAAGUUUAUUAGCUCACCCCACCCUCUUUCUUCCACACACACAAGCUAAAGAAAAAACUAAAAAAACCUCGGACCCCCAAACGAGAUGAAAAGCAAUAUUGAGCGGACUUUUUCACAUUAAACCACAAACAAAAUUUAAUCUAAUCUCAACAAAUCGCAUUAAAGUGUGCUUUAAAGCUUGUGGCUUAUCAUAAUGAAACCAAAAACACAAUUAAAAUUAUAAUCGAAUAAGAAUGUAAAAUUAUUUACAACCUUUCCUAGAAUAUCGAAAACAAUCUAAUGGACAUUUGAGACGUUUUUGCAAGCUGGCUUUGACAAAAUAAAAAUGGUUCAGAGAUACACAAAAAUACAUACAUAUGGCGAUGAACGGCAAAUCAAAUACUGUAUUUAUAAUGCCUAGAGAAAAAUGCACAAAUCGGUUUUAAACUAAAGUUAUAAAGAAAUCGUUAAGUUUGUCAAAUGCAUACAAUUAUUAUACAAUAAUAAAAGCAACUGUCUCCAAGACAUAACAAUUAAAAUGAAAUCUAAUUGCAACAAAUAACAUAAUAAAAAUGCCCUUGG